AUGAGACCCAAUCUGUUCGCGCCCCUUGCGGUGCUCGCCACGGGGUCCUUGUUUGUCUCUGCCCUGGCCCAGGAAACGGACGACGAGCUGUCGUUGAUCACCCAGCGGCGAAUUGUUGAUCUCGCCCAAUUCCCCGACCCUGCGUGGUUCACGAACAUUCCAACCUGGCUGGCAUCGCAGAAGGAUGACGGGACGUGGGAUGACGUGAACUAUCUGUCUGGUUGUGCAGCCCAACGUGCCAAUUGGCCCAUCCAACAGCACUGGAACAGACUGAUCACCUUUGCGGCAGCAUGGAGUGGAGCUAACCCUUCGGUGCCGGCCAACUGGACCAAGGAUGAACAGCUCUGGGCCGCCAUCUCGAAAGGGCUUGACUAUUGGUUUGACAACGACUACACCCCGGAUGACUGCAUGGGAAACGGUGGUUCCGACAGUGGGAACUGCCCAUGUGGCACACCCGGAUUGUGGAACACGAACUGGUACGGCCAAGCUAUUCUGAUUCCCCAGCUCUGCUCGACGACGUGUCUUCUUGCCAAGGACGGGGACCUGACGGAGGAGCAACGCGCCGGUUGCGAACGUAUCCCUCUCCGUUCGUAUGUCUUGAGGGAUGAGCGAUACGGCACCGGAGGCUACAUGACUGGAGCCAAUGCUGUCCUGGUCAUGCAGAAUUCCGUCAGCCUCGCGCUCUUCAUCAACAACGCCACCAUCCUACAGGACGCGUUCAGCAGGACCAUGGCUGAGAUUACAUUCGCCGAUGGGGCUGCCGCAGAUGGCAUCCAUCGUGAUGGCUCGUUCCUCCAGCACAAGGGAAUCCUAUACAAUGGCAACUACGGCAAAGAUUUGCUCAAUGCCUUCAUCCAGCUUGAAGGGGAGGCCAUUGGCACCACAUUCGCUGCAGACGACGCCACCCGAGAUGCUCUGGCUGCCCAGGUCAAGGGCAACGAGUGGAUGAUCUACACCGACCAGGACACCAAGGUCGAGCACUGGGAUUUUAAUGCUAUCGGUCGCUUUGUUGCCUUCCCAACCCCGGAUCUACAGGCAAGCGCGGAUAUCAAUUUCAACGUGACGAAGCUUGCCGCUGCCACUGCCGACUUUGCGGGAGCCAACAAUGUGAACGACACUAUGCGACGACUCCAGUCGAACGGCACCGAGAAGCUUAUUGGAAACAAGGGCUUCUGGGCAAGUGACUACAUGGUCCACCGUCGCGAGUCCUUCAUCCUCACGAACAAGAUGCUGUCAACCAGAUCCCUCAAUUCCGAGGCCGUCAACGACGCCAACCCCCUCGGCUACCACAUGGGCCAAGGCACCCUGUACUCAUACGUGUCAGGCAACGAAUACAAGGACAUCAUGGGCGCAUGGGACUGGAACCUCGUCCCCGGCACCACCGUGCUGCUCAACAAGCCCAAGCUCCAGCAAUCCGUCGUCGGGUUCACCGGCAAGCGCAACUUCGUCGGCGUCGUCAGCGACGGCUCGGUGGGGACGGCGGUGCAGGACUACGUCGACCCGUACGAUGCCAGCCUCUCCUUCCGCAAGGCCUGGUUCUUCCUCGACGACUCCGUCCUCGUCACCACCAGCAACGUCCAGAUCAACACCUCCGUCGCCAACUCCCCGGCCAUCACCGUCCUCGACAACCGCGCGGCCGUAUCAUCGCCCAUAUGGGUGGACGACAAGCAAGUGACCGUCUCGGGCGGCGCAACAGCAGAGGGUAGCACCCUCUACUACGGCGGCAACGGCUACCUGUCCUACAAGACCCCCUUCUCGCUGACCCUCACCAACGGUCCCCGCACCGGCAACUGGUCCGCCAUCUCGACGUCCACGCUCGGCGAAACCACCGUCCCCAUCUUCUCCGCCUACACCACCAUCCCGCACGACACCCACACCUACGCCCUCUUCCCCGCCACCAGCCGCUCGCGGCUAGCCCGCGAGGCCACGAACCCGUCCUCGGCGCCCGUCUCCGGACCGGGCAUCACCGGCGUCGCCGGCUCCGGCAGGUUGAGUCUGGUGUUCUGGCCCGGCGGCGACAAGAGCAUCACGGUCGACCUGGCCGCGAUCGGGUGGGCCGAGGCCGGGUCCGUGACCGUCACGUCCGACCAGCCCGGCGCGUACCUGUUUUCCAGCCGGUGCAAGCGUGCUGGCAAGGGGAUGAGGCUUGCUAUUACCUUGUCGGAUCCCACUCAGAAGGUGUCUCAGGGGGGGUUCUCGCUGACGUUUGAGGGGGCGAGGGUGAAGCAGGUGAAUGCGGGGCAGGAUGAUGGGUUUGCGGCCAUUGAGGGAGGGGCGCGGUUUGAUGUGAAGAUGCCUGAGGGGGGGUUGGCUGGUUCUUCUGUUAGUCGUAACGUGUUCCUGUACUGGACAUGA